GAGAUACUGUUGAUUUAUUCUCUUCAUUUGCGGUAAAUGUCUGAAGCCAUCAUGACCGAGAAAGCUGAAGUUAAAGUUAAAGAGAAGCCAAAAUCUUCGAAAAAACCGAAAGAAGAGCCUGCGACAAUCGCUCCAUUAAAAAAGAGGCCAUUCAAAAGGCAUGGACGUCUUUAUGCUAAAGCAAUAUUUACUGGCUAUAAGAGAGGACUGCGUAAUCAACACGAGCAUACAGCUCUUCUAAAAAUUGAAGGUGCUAGGACAAAAAAUGAUUCCAAUUUUUAUGUUGGAAAACGUUGCGUGUAUGUGUAUAAGGCCAAAAAUAAGACUCCAGUUCCUGGAAAAAUUACGAAAAAGACAAAAGUAAGAGCUAUUUGGGGCAAAGUCACACGGCCACAUGGUACUAGUGGUUCUGUAAGAGCCAAAUUUAAGAGAAAUUUACCAGCUAAAGCAAUGGGUCAUCGUAUCAGAAUUAUGCUGUACCCUAGCAGAAUUUAAUUUUAUAAUGUA